CAGCAUAUUUCUACCUCGGCCCUUGCCUACCUUCCCCACAGCGACACUUAUGCAUCAAAGCCUCUUUUGUAUCGGUCCAUAAAAUAUGCUAUGCCACCUAUAGUCUCACGUAAAGGUCGAAGGAUCGCCUCCAAAGCAUGUGAUGCAUGCCGUAUACGUAAGGUACAGUGCAUCUUCGAGGGCGAUAGAAGCACGUGCCGAAGAUGUUCGGAUGGAAAUGUCAAUUGCAUGUUUUUGAGUGAUAGGAAGCAGAGAGGGCCACCGGCACGGCGUACCCAUAUUCCACCCAGUGACUUCCCAAUAGGCCACCUGACCAUUGAACACCUAUGUUCACGGGCAGUCUUCAGCAGUAUCGUAGAGGAUUACAUACAGCUUGUUUACCCUGUACUUCCUCUUGUCCACCGCCCAAGCUUCCAAAAAUCAGUUGAAGAUGGCUUACAUACUUCUGAUCCUGCUUUCUUCCGGUUAUGUCUUGCCAUCUGCGCAGUCACUGUCGCUUCCAUCCCUCGACGGUUCCGAGAAUAUGGAUCUGAAUAUGCACAUAUUGGCGCUUUUGUAGAUCGAUCCUGCCACAUGGUACUUCUCAGUCGCAUUGCAUCCGAAACGCAGUGGCAGGACAAGCCAACGAUGGGCACCAUCGUGGUGUCUAUUCUACUCACCAUGGCAAGCCACUAUGCUGCGCGCCCCAACCAGGGUUGGGGAUAUGCUAGCGAGGCAAUCCAGUUCUUUCGAGCAUUGGAACUAUAUCGCAAGGAGGGCUACCACAGCCUGAGCCUCCUAGAUGGCGAAAUAUGCAAAAGAGCGUUUUGGCUACUAUUCAUCAUUCAAAUUCAUGACCGCCUAUCCUUCAUCAUUCCUCACACUGGGCUGAGUUUCGAUCCGCUUCGGACAGAUUGGGAGUUCUUGCUUCCUCUUGAAGUUGACGACGACGCUCUGAUCAACGAAGAUCUUCGACCAGUGUCUCCGAUUCCAGGAAACAUUGACACACCAGUUCGCCGCCCGUUGCCCCUUAUAUCUGGUUUCGUUGCACUCGUCAAAGUCUUUCUCUGCGUUGUAGAUCUGUUGUCGAACGGAUUUCCUGGUGCUCCUCCGCAUACAUAUGCGAUGACAUCUGGCACUUUGCGUACCCAUAUAUUCCCCGAGAGCUCUACCGGUAGUGCUCGGGUUGAUACUGGAAAUGCGCUCUCAAAAUCGAGCAUCAGCUUAAGCGCCUUGCUUCGCAUCAUUCGACAGUUACAGCAUACACAGGAAGAUCUACCACAAGCACUCAAAAUCUCGAAUGUCGAUCGUCAAUCACAGUCUCCGCCAACGGAUUCCGAGAUGCCACCGGAUCUGUCCCAUCAAUUCGAUAUUGUAAGGGCGAAUGUUCAUAUCACCAGCCUCUACCUACAAAGUUGCAUCAUAGAAGCCUGCUCAGAUGCAUUCACUAGCCCUCAAGCGAGUACCAUUGUGUCCUCUCCAGGCGAUGAAGCAGGGUCUAGUCCGAAAUGCACUCCUCGGACGCAGCUCUGGAUAUUUCGGAAGAGUCUUGCAAAAGAGCUACUCGAGGUACUAAACUUUUGCUCGUCGCGAACACUAGAAGCCAACGGAUCAUCGAUGAUUGUGAAGAUUCGUGAGAUAGCUUCUACGCUCCUUGAUAGUGACCUUGAAGCUACUUCGGAUCAGGAAGCAGAGUCUCGGCAGUAUGUGUCACAAUUUGCUGAGAUCUUGGCCGGACUUGAUUAUAUGAGCCAAGCAUCUAUCAAACCACCAGUUUCCGUUACAUGA